ACCCCAUUUUCCAAAGGAGGAGGAGGGGGCGGGGGUGGUGGUUUGCAAUGUAGCGGCUCCGUGUACGCGCACUACUCCUAGCGGUGGUUCGCUGUCACUGAAUAAUACCCUCCAGAGUCACCCACGGAGUGAUAGAGGGAGACACAAGCCGGCGAGUGUCGGAGAUGAGCGUCUUGUUCCAAUGAAACGCCGAGCAGUGUGACGAUGACAGCGAAAGGCAGACAUAAAGCGGUCCCCUUCCCUCUGGCCCAUCGGCUGACCAUGAAGGAAGUGUUCGACGCUGAGGGCCGACCGAGGGUGGACCUGCUCAAAGCUCACCUCACCAAGGAGGGCCGGCUGGAGGAGGCGGUGGCCUUGCGCAUCAUCGAUGAAGGCGCUGCCAUCCUACGCCAGGAGCGCACCAUGUUGGACAUUGAGGCUCCAGUAACAGUGUGCGGAGAUAUCCACGGCCAGUUCUUCGACCUGAUGAAGUUGUUUGAAGUGGGAGGUUCCCCUGCCAAUACGCGCUACCUCUUCCUGGGGGACUAUGUGGACAGGGGCUAUUUCAGUAUCGAGUGUGUGCUGUACUUGUGGUCACUGAAAAUCCUCUACCCAAAGACACUCUUUCUUCUACGGGGAAAUCAUGAAUGUAGACAUCUGACGGAAUAUUUCACCUUCAAACAAGAAUGUAAGAUUAAGUAUUCGGAGCAGGUGUAUGACUCCUGCAUGGAGGCGUUUGAUUGCCUGCCGCUAGCAGCUCUGAUGAACCAGCAGUUUCUCUGUGUGCACGGGGGCCUUUCACCAGAGAUCCACACACUGGAUGACAUCAAAAAGUUGGACCGAUUCAAGGAGCCUCCGGCGUUUGGGCCCAUGUGUGACUUGUUGUGGGCAGACCCACUUGAAGAUUUUGGCAAUGAGAAGACCCAAGAGUACUUUGGACACAAUACAGUCAGAGGCUGCUCCUAUUUCUAUAGUUACCCGGCAGUGUGUGAGUUUUUACAGACCAACAACUUGCUUUCUAUCAUAAGAGCGCAUGAAGCACAGGAUGCUGGGUACCGUAUGUACAGAAAGAGUCAGACAACGGGGUUUCCUUCACUCAUCACCAUCUUCUCCGCUCCAAACUACCUAGACGUCUAUAAUAACAAAGCGGCAGUGCUGAAAUAUGAGAACAACGUAAUGAACAUCCGUCAGUUCAACUGCUCUCCUCACCCCUACUGGCUGCCUAACUUCAUGGACGUCUUUACCUGGUCUCUGCCUUUUGUGGGGGAAAAGGUGACGGAGAUGCUGGUGAACGUCUUGAGUAUCUGCUCUGAUGACGAACUCAUGAAUGAUGGCGAUGAGAUCUUCGAUGCAAGUGCAGCUGCAGCCAGGAAGGAGGUGAUUAAGAACAAAAUCCGUGCCAUCGGGAAGAUGGCCAAAAUGUUUUCUGUUCUACGGGAGGAGAGUGAGAACGUGUUGACCCUGAAGGGGCUGACCCCCACAGGUAUGCUGCCAAGCGGAGUGCUUUCAGGGGGCAAACAGACUCUGCAGAGCGCUACCAUUGAGGCCAUAGAAGCCAUCGAGACAGUUAAGGAUGCCGAAGCCAUCCGAGGCUUCUCCCCACAGCAUCGGAUCAGCAGUUUUGAGGAGGCCAAAGGUCUGGACCGAAUCAACGAGAGAAUGCCGCCGCGGCGUGACGCCAUCAACAGUGUGGGCCUGUCCAUGGGCCGCAUGAAUAUGGGAGAGCCCAAUGGGACGGAUAGCAACAGCAAUAUACAGUGAUUGGAUGCGUACUGUCACACGGCCAGACGCAGUUCCUGCAGUUUCAACCCUCGUAUAGCACCAUCCUGAACGAUAAUCUGUACAUACUCAGACUCGAUACGCAAAAGCAUUACACACAAACGCAUAUUUCACACAUACAAAACAUACGCACACUCAUAUGAUUACCGGUAUCUACUCCUUGUUUUUCGCUGUACGUUAAGGCUCGAGUGUGGCCGGACUUUAGGAAGUCUUCUCUAUUUAGAGAACUACCACUCCCUUGUACCCACGGCAAGAAAGAGGAAAGGAACUACAAAAUGAGCAGAACGAGAGAGGCGACUAUUCACUGUGCAUGUCGGCGAUCACCAGUGGGUGCACAGCGUCAGCGUCAUGCGGCCGCGUCGAUGGAAUGAGUCGCGUUGACGAGGAGCGAAUGGGGUCAAGGUGCGGCCAUCGGAAGCUUCAGAGAGUCUUGUUCCUGUUUGCAGCAAAACGCGAGAAGUGGAACCAAAUGUAUAAAAAGUGAUGUUUUUAUGGGAAGGAUGAUAUGCUUUAAUAGUGUCCAUGCAGUUAUGUUUGACAAAUGUGCCGUUCACCAAGAUAGAGGGGGGAGGGGGGGACGAGCGGUGGCUUAUCCAACAAAGAUGCGCAAAGAUAAUCGCAGCCUGAUCUGAGCCCUCGUCUGUUAUUGUGGGGAGAACAUUCCCAUUUGCUUUUGUAGCACAAGACCUCCACCCAAUUAAGAGUGGAGGGCCACUCACCCCCUCUGGUCUCAGGCUAACUAGCUCUCGGGGAGAAAAAAAAAUGUCGGAAACUAGGCUGUGAUGAAGUAUCUCUCCUGAGCUUUGGUAUGUAAAUAGCAUACUUGGAACGUUUAUAUUGCACACCUGAUGCAAGAUGCAGUUGAGCAGUAACGGAUUGCUUCAUGUUUGUGAGAGGACGCUGGUUGAAAUGUGAAGUCAUUCAAAAUUAAUUCCCUUUCCGCAACCCUCUUGCUACCAAAUAGCAGUGAUGGCCAAUAAUCUCUGGCCUGAAUAGCAGGAAAUUCUAUUUUACGGAAGACACAAAUUCUUCAAGAAAAGAAGUCCGAGGAAAAACAUCUUUAUAAAGCAUUUAUAUUAACGCAUCGGUGCAUGCACAGUUAAGUUAUUUGAUAAUACUGUAAUGUGAAUUAUAUAUUUGUGCUCUGUGUUUCAUCAUAGUAAGAGUUUUUUUUCUUCUGUUUUUCUGGCUAAUGUGAGGAGAAAUGACACAGUUUGCUCAUCAUGUCAAUUUGAAUAUUUUGUAUUCACUUUGUGUGAUGUUAGGUUGACUUUUCUUCCCAGUUCUUAUCAUCACCGCCUUCCCGUUUCUUUUAGCGCUGUCCAGAAUGACGGAACACUUUGAAUCAAAGGUGUGGAGUCCGCAGCCCAUAUUUUGUUCUUUGUCAAUGUACAGGAAUCGUUUCUAAUGAAAUACGAAUUGGUAUUGAAUGACCACCCAAUAUACAGAGGCACAGGCGAUUGGGCAGCCAAAAGCAUGAUUGCAUGGUUUAAAAAAAAAAAAAAGUAGAAAAACAAAACCAAAAAAAAUGUGCAGUUCACAGCAGCAAGACACAUUUUAACACAGUACGCCGUGUUGCUGUGACAAUUUAAAGAACUGUGUACUUGCAUACAUCUUCAUUUCUGGUUAUUGAUAUUUAUGGUUCAAUGCUUAUAUUUAUUACAAACAUAAUUCUUAAUAUUUAAUCUCUCUCUCCUCUCUCUCUCUCUCUCUCUCUCUCUCUCUCGCUCCGAUUGUUGCUUUUUAUGUUCCGUUUCUCCUUGGUCGAUCUUGCUGUGAUUCUUUGGGUGGGAGAGGUGAAACCAUGUGCCCCUGGCAACCGCAUGCCAUGCCAUUGCGACUGUGCCACGGUUUCUUUUCCCUCUCUUUCUCGCUUUCUCUCGCUGUCUUUUCUUUCCCUUCUCUUGCUCACUCUUUUGGUUUUCAACUCUCCAAUCACCAACACUAUAAGCAUGCCCCUGGGACGAUCCACUUUUUUUACUCUUGAAUAAAAUAUGCAUGAAACUUUGGUAUCAA